GAGACUGCAAACUCAAAAAGUGGACUCUAGAACGGAGAUAUGAGGAUGAGGAGGGGUGUGAAGCUCUUCCAGCCAAUGAGGUGGCUGGUUUGAACGCUGCUGUGACUCCGAGCAAAGUUCAAAGACUUAGAUUUCUGAACCAUUUGGGUUAUUCUGAAACACCGUCAUGGCUCAACGCAGCUACACACUGAGGCUUUGUCCAGGUCCAAACUCUGAAGAGGGCAUCCCGACUCAUCUCGGUGUUGAUUAUAAUUACCAGUUGGACAGAUUUCAACAAGGUAUCACCAUUAAGCGGCUAAGCCUUAAGCGGAGGCCCAGAGUGGCCCUCAGUGAUGCAGAAAAGACAGUUUCAUCUAGUCAGUGGCAUUCUGUUGAGUCCUUGUCAUCGUCCAGCAGUGAUGACUCAAGACUGUUGGGCAUGUCUUCUUCUGCAAGAGGCAGACCCCCUCUUCCUCCAUCACACAUGUCUUCUCAGGACAGCAAAGUCUCCAAAAGUGAAGACCCAAGUCCUUCUCGGAUCCUCUCUGGAUCAAAGCCUCAAUCACCUGCAAGAUGUUCACAAAGUGCCGUAAUGGAAAAGACGGAGACCCCAAAACUCUUGAAUCAGGAUGCAGUGGGUCUGACACCACCUCAGCCUCUUCCACGCAGACGGUUAGCCAGCUUUGGAGGUGUAAGCUCCCCUGGAUCAGUCUCCCCUUUCACAGGUCUUAGUGCAUAUAACCAGAACAACAACAACCAUUCUUCUGAUGCAGAUGUCCACCUUGGCUCAUCACUAUCAAGCAGAGGUAGCACAGGGUGCCUGCAGCUAAGCCCGCAGAGCUCAGGCAGGAGCACUCCGGUUUCAAGUCCCAUGCACCUCCAACAUGUCCGCGACCAGAUGGUGGUAGCUCUGCAAAAGCUGAAGGAGCUGGAGGAGCAGGUGAAAAUGAUUCCUGUCCUCCAGGUAAAGAUCUCUGUUCUGCAAGAGGAAAAACGACAGCUUUACUCCCAGCUGAAGAAUCAGAAUGACAAUGAAAACAUAAACAACCUGAUCUGGAACAGUUCAUGUGAUUUGGAAAUGACUGACAUCGAGAAUGAGGAAGGUGUUGACGAAGAACUGGCAGAUCCUGCAAACUCUAAGGAAGUGAGGCAACUAAGUGAAGAGAUGGAUGCUUUGGAAAAGGAAAUCAAAGAGGGACAUUUGCAAGUGUGGCAUAGUAAAGGUCUAAUCUCUCUGCAAGGCAAGGCUACCAAGUCUAUUUCAGUUGGAACUGAUACAGAUCUUGUCCCUUCCAAAUCUUCAAAAGUAAAUAAAUCUGUGCACACUGACCAGGUGGAGACAAGAUCUAUUGCAACAGAAGUUUCUGAGGUUGAUCUAGGCAUUUAUGCCGAACAGGAGGCGGAGCUUAUUGCCCAGCAGCUACUAAAUGGUGCCUUAAAGGAAAGAAUUUGCCACUUAGAAGCGGAGUUAAAGGAGUCAGCUUUCCAGAUAGAAUUGACUCGUCUCAAGUUGGAGCUUCAUGCUGCAGGCGCCAGGAACCGGGCUGACAAGGCCUGCUUGGCCAGGCCAUCCACUGCAAGUAUCAGCACAGAAACCAAGCCUUUCACAAAAAAUCAAGGUGCCGGUAAUCACAAGGAAUUUCGAGAUGCAAGCACAGGAGAGGUUACGGGGGUGAAAACUUUAGGAAUCUCGUGUAAACCAAUGAUGAAGACUGUCUGCAUAGGACCCGAUGUGCCUAUGAACCACUGGGAGAUUCGGGAGCGAGUGGAGAACAAGGACGCGGCUGUAGGGAUCCAGAUUUUCACUAACACCCUUGGAGUAGGAACAGAGAUGAAAGUCCGAGAUGCUGGAAGCAACACAGAAAUUCCAUCUGAGAAUAUUUGGUCCAAGAAGGAAAAGGUUAAGUGUCACUCAGUGGGUUGUGGAGAUUUCUCUAUAAAUGAUUCUUGCUGUGAGGCCAAGGACAUGGUUUCUAAGUAUGUGACAACAGAUCUUGUCAGAGGAGUUGAUCUGGGGAUCAUGGCAUCACCUGAGACAGCUUCACAGAGAACCAACACUGUCUCCAACCUAGUGUCUCGCUUCACCAACACCAGACAAGCCUUCAGUAACGACUCCAGCACCAACACGCUGCUCAGCACCCAGGACAAGCACACCAACACUAUGCACACUUUGACUCGGACAGUGUCUGUCGGCAGCAGAGUCAGGGAGUUCACGUUCACUACAGAAUACCGAAGCAUUGGUGUCAAUACUGUAAACCUGUAUGAAAGUAUUUCCAGGGACACACCUGAGACUGUGAUCAAGAUAACCCGGGACUCUGGAGUCGGCUUCACAAGCAUUUACGAGAACUUUCUGGUUGGGUUGAAGACUCGGAACAUGGCCUCAGGACCGUCCCAUCUUCCUGAUCCAGUCAAAACAAGGAGCGUUGGGGUUGGAGACGGAAGGAUACAGGAGUUGACAGUUUCAUCUAGUACACCUGGGCAUAAAACAUCUACACAGAGCCAGAGAGGCCAUGAACUGAACCAUUACAUAGAGAAGUUGCAUUGGCUCCUGAGUGAGCAUGGAGAUCUGCUCACAGGAGUAGGAGUUGACCACAACAUCUCCAAGACAGUGCAAAGCGGCAACCCUGUAUCAGAUGAUGGAAAAGAAAAACACAAGCUUUGCUCUGAACCAACAGUAAACAUGGACCUGCAGCCCAAACCUCUGAUUUUAGAGGACGACUGUAAGAGCACCACUGAGAAACCAGAAAUAUGCCAUCGGAGCAACUCUGAGGUGAAAAGAAUGAUUCAACUGUUGGAGCAGCAGGCAUCCUCCACAGCUCUACAAGACAAGCCAUCAAACAUUUGUAAAUCUGAGAUAAAGAAACAAAGUGGUGACCCGAGCUCCAACAGCAACAGCAAGAACGUGAAGUUUCUGAAACCAGCAACAGGAUUAGAGUCCAUGUUAGUAGAUGAGCAACAAGAAAGAAGAGAAAACGAAACAUUCAGGGAGUUUUCUCUACAAGGACAUCAAGCGACAAAAGGCAAAGAAAGCUUUAACAAGCGAUUAAAAGACACAAAGAUGCACAAACAACAGAGGUACAAGUUAAAUGAGAGGAUGUUUUCAGCUUGUCAGAUUUUAAAGGCACAUCUGAGCGAAGCCACACCUCUGUCCAACAGGGAAUUGCAGGAGUGUCUUCACACAAUCAGUCAGGAGUGGUUCUCUGUUUCCAGCCACAUGUCAGCCUCCCCUGACACAGUUGACAAGUACUUAUCAAUGUUUGAGGUCAUUUCAACCGCGGUGCUGGAGCACAUCGCCAACAUGGCCGACUGCAGCGGAAACACGGCUCUUCACUACAGCGUUUCUCACUCCAACUUCAAGGUCGUCAAGAAACUGCUCGACGCAGGAGUGUGCAACGUGAAUCUGCAGAACGCAGCAGGUUACACGCCCAUCAUGCUGGCUGCCCUCUCGACCGUGGAAAAUCCGGACCACAUGAGGGUGGUGGAGCAGCUCUUUGCUGCAGGAGACGUCAACGCCAAAGCCAGCCAGGCGGGGCAGACCGCUCUCAUGUUGGCUGUGAGUCACGGCAGGAGGGACAUGGUGGAGGCGCUGCUGGCUCAGGGGGCGGACGUCAAUAUCCGAGACGACGAGGGCUCCACGGCGCUGAUGUGUGCAAGCGAGCAUGGCCAUGCUGACAUCGUGAAACUGCUGCUGGCACAGCCGGAGUGCGAUGCCACCCUGAGUGACAGUGAUGAAAGCACAGCCUUGGCCAUCGCCCUGGAGGCGGGACACAGUGACAUCGCAGUGCUCCUUUACGCUCACACUACUUUCUCCAGACCGACAGGGCAGGCUGGUGCUCGGCGCAGCGGCAGGUUCUUCUCGUCUUCAGGAGGAAGAAGUGCGUUAGAGUGAUGGAGCGCAUUCGUACGGACGGAUGCUUGUUGAAUCUCACGCCUAAACACCUCAAGUGUUCUUAAAGUCUCACUCUGAUCAUCUUUUUUAAAAUCGUUCCCAGUUGUCCUCUUAACUAUGAUUAUUCAGUUUUUGGCCAAAAUCAAAAAAUCUGUAUUGUUUUCUAGGACAUAGUUUCUGUGGGUGGAACCGCCCCCCUUCCCUUCGCCUUUGCUGAGAGCUCAGAGGAGGGAGCUUAUGGCUCACCCAGGGUAUUUUCUGUCACAAAAGUCAUCAACAGAAUUUUUCGUCUGCUCCUGAUUCACAAUUUGAAUCUAGACAUUUCAGAAAUGCAAUUUUAUGGUUAAUUUUCCUAAUAUAUGUCCUCCAUCGUGAGAAUAAUGCUACAAGAAUGUGUUAAAAAGACAAUCUUUAUCAGAGUGAGUCUUUAAUCUAGCAAUGAUCUGUUGUGAAGGAAGAAAGGGAAUUCCAACAGGCUGACUUCGACUCAGUGUGGAGGUUCAACUACAGGAUAGAAAUUAUGAAAAGAAACAAAAAUUGAAAGAAAAUGAAGAGGAAAUGGAUGAAAUGUUCAAGGAUGGUAUAAAAUGUAAUGAUAAUCAAUUCAAACUUUUGUCAUAAUUUGGAUUUGCAAAUAUAAGUGCACUAUAUAUGUGCUAAAGGUUAUUUCCGCAUGACUUGACUUUAUAAAUCUAUUCUUUGUAUUAUGUUAAAAAAAACAUUGCAUGUACAAUAAAUUAUUUUUAAAGCUGCAAAAUAAAGUAAAACUGU